AGUGCCCGGACCGGGCAUUACCGAAAAGGGAAGGAGGGGAGGAAAAAAAAAAAAAAGUAAUUAAAGUCGCCGCUGCCGCCCGCGGUCCCACCCUCCCCACCGGCCGGCUCCUCGGGUAGACGGGAGGGGACAGAGGGAGACGGCCCGCCGUCGGGACACGCACUCCUCGCCGCUGCCCCGCCGCGCAGCAUGGCCCGCGCAGCCCCCCGCCUCGUCCUCCUCGGGCUCCUGGUAUCGAGCUUGUGCUGUGACGCUUGCAAGAAAGUCACUUUUCAUGUUCCCUCUGUUCUCGAGGCCGACACGUUGGUUGGCAGAGUUAAUUUAAAUGAGUGCCUUCAGUCUGCAGAACACAUCAGUUCCAGUGAUGGGAGUUUCAAAGUUCUGGAAGAUGGUUCCGUGUAUACAACCUCUGCUGUUUCUUUAUCUGAUGAUAAAAGGACUUUUGCCAUAUUACUUAAAGAUCUUCAAGAACAUGUAGAAAAGAAAAUACUUAUUGACUUGGAGACAGAUGACAAAAAGAAGACUAGGCACGCUAGAGAUACAGUUCUCAAGCGAACCAAGAGACGAUGGGGCCCAAUUCCUUCUGUUAUGAUAGAGAACUCACUUGGACCUUUCCCACUACAAAUUCAGCAGGUCCAGUCAGAUACGGCUCAGAACUACACCAUUUAUUACUCUGCAAGUGGACCAGGAAUUGAUCAAGAUCCAAAGGGCUUGUUUUACAUAGAAAGAGAAACUGGAAAUAUCUUUGCUACUCGUGCAGUAGACCGUGAGCAGUAUCCAAGUUUUCAGAUCAUUUGCUUUGCAAGCACUCCAGAUGGUUAUUCACCGGAGGUACCCCUUGUGCAUACAAUCAGAAUAGAGGAUGACAAUGAUAAUGCUCCAUAUUUUACACAGGAUGUUUUUGAGUUCUGUGUCCCUGAAAACUCCAAGCCUGGUGUGGUUGUUGGAACAGUGACUGCAGAGGACAGAGAUGAGCCGUAUACUCUGCAUACUACUUUGAAAUACCGCAUUGUGUCACAAGCUCCUUCAGUAACCCCAGCGUUUUCUUUGCAUGGUGACACAGGUGUCAUUACUGUGUUAUCGCCACAGCUGGAUAGAGAGCUGGUGUCCACAUACACUUUAUUAAUAGAAGUGAGAGAUAUGGCAGGUCAGCCUUUUGGUUUGUGCACAACAGGGACAGCUAUCAUUAAGAUUGAAGAUACAAAUGACAACGCACCAACUUUUAAGCAGUUGCAAUAUGAAACACAAGUGGAAGAAAACAGAGUGAAUGUAGACAUCCUGAGAAUUUCUGUUGUUGAUGCCGAUGAGUUUGGGGCACCUGGCUCCACAGCUGUGUAUGAAAUUAUAAGAGGAAAUGAUGACCAUACCUUUGAAAUUACGACAGACAGAAACACAAAUGAAGGAAUACUUUGUGUUGUUAAGGGGCUGGAUUAUGAAAAUGCCAAGCAAAGGAUCCUCGUGAUUGCAGUCAAUAAUGAGGCACCCUACAUGCUGGCACCACAUUCACAACAAGUUGUUCAGAGCACCAGCACUGUUACAGUGAAUGUCCUAGAUAUAGACGAGGGGCCGGUGUUUAAACCCUGUUUCUUCCGCAUGGAUGCUAGUGAAUGUGAUGACAUUGGGACAAAUAUUGGGAAAUAUCUAGCAGAAGAUCCAGAAACUGGAAAUAGCGAAGGCAUCUGCUACAAAAUACCACCUGGACAGUGUAACUGGGUCAAUAUUGAUGAAAAAUCAGGUGAAGUCAGAACUGUUAGAGUCUUGGACCGAGAUCUAGGAGAAGUCAAACGAGGCCAAUGCAAUAUCACAGUCCUUGCAAUAGACAGAAAUGGCAAAACAGGCACUGGAACCCUUCAGGUUGUCAUCCAGCCUUGCAACAGGAAUUAUCCACGAAUUCUUACAACUGACUAUAUAAUGUGCAGAGACAGAAAACCAAUCUGCCUCAGUACAGGGGAUGAAGAUGAGACUUCUUACAGCAUGCCCUUAGUCUAUCGCCUGACUGACCGUAGCAUGGGUUCCAUGUGGAAGAUAACACGGCACAAUGAAAAGUCUGUGUAUCUUUCACCAAGGGGUGAUAUUCCAUUUGGAACAUACACUAUUCCUGUCAGCGUAUCUGAUAGUUCAGGAAGGCAAGGAAUCAGUGAAAUUACAGUUAACUACUGUGAUUGCGUUACUCCAAGUGAUUGUGGAGCUGCUCGUAGUGCUGGGAGUGUUACUCUUGGUGUAUGGGCCAUCCUUGCAAUGAUCUUGGGAUCACUGCUGUUGCUGUUAAUCCUAAUUACAAUUUGUGGCUGUUGUGGUGCUGGGGUAAUGCACAGGCAAGUGACUGAUGAUUGUGCCAAUCACAACUUAAUCAUUUCAAAUACAGAAGCUCCAGGAGAAGAAGUGAUGGAUCACAAUAUAAUUCCUCUACAAACUACUGAUCAAGUAGGAUGUGGAAUAAAAACAGGAGAUCAGCAAGCAUUUGAAAUGGUAAAAGGAAGAGGGCAUACCCUGGAAUCAGUCAGAGGAGGUGGACAUCAGACGUUGGGAUCAGUCAAAGAAGGAGGAGGAGGACAAACUAUGGUGGACACAUGUAGAUACUCCUAUUCAGAAUGGCAUAAUUUCACACAUCCUCGUUUAGGAGAAAAGGUGCAUCUAUGCAGACAGGAUGAAGAACAGAAACAUUCUGAAGAUUAUCUCCUUUCAUAUAACUAUGAAGGAAAAGGAUCCUUGGCUGGUUCUGUAGGCUGCUGCAGUGAUCAGCAUGAAGAAGAGGCACUUGACUUCUUAGAUCAACUGGAACCCAAGUUUAGGACAUUGGCAGAAACGUGUAUAAAAAGAUAAACAUGUUUUUCGUGGUGCUGAAAAAAACUGUAAAUAAGUGGCUGUCCUACUUUUGUGAUAUUAGGUAUUUUGGAAUUGAAUGCAACAGAUUCUUCCACCUCUUGCUUUCUGAGGGAAAGGUUUAUCCAAAUUAAUUUAGUGAAUGUAAGUAACACAUUAAAUGUACGGCAUAUUUUUUUUUAUACCUACUAGACAUCAAAAGUAAGGGAUUCAGAACAUCUUUUUCUUUAGACUACGUUCAUAGAGUAAUACUAUUUUCCAUUUAGUUUUUACUUCCUAUUCUUUGUGGUUGCUUAAAAUGCGAAACUUAGUGCCGUUAACGAUUGUUUUGUCCUUGAAAUUUUACUUUUUUUUUGCUUUGGAGAAGGAAAGCUUUUCUCUCUGUUUCUUUGUUUUCUUAUAGAUCUGUAGAAAUAAAACCAAAGAUAUUACUGGUGGAUAUCAAAUACCUUGUUAAUUUUUAACGUAUGAACCAAGCAUAUGUGAGAUACAAAACAUUUUCUCAUGUUAAAAUAAAAAAAUACUGAUGACUACACUGGAAAACUUUAUAUUUUGAUUGAAAGUUAAAUAUAUAUAUUGUAUAUAUGUAAAAUAAUAUUCAAAAAUAUAUUUUUCUCCUAAUGGGUUACUACCCAUCAAACUUGCUAUCCUAAGGGAUUGAUGGCAUCAACACAUAGGAUAUCAGCAUUGUAUGCGCAUUUAUAUUUUUCUUUUAAGGAAAUAAAAAGUUUAAAAAAAAUAAAAAAGAAACAAGGGGUAACUACUGUACUUAAAGUGAAUGCAAGACAAUUCUCAUGUUUACUUGAUAGAAGUUUGUACCUCAGUUUCUUGUGAGUUUUAACAUAGUAUCGUUACAGAAAUGAACAUUGCCAAGAGUUUUGUCCAGCGUAGUUACCUCUACCUUCUUUACUCUAGUUGUGGACGUCAUGAGACUUUCUUUCUGUAAGUAGAACUGGCAGAAGAUGCAGCCUGAAUGGUCUGAACAUGUAUUCAUUAAUAAUGUGUUUUCGAGAUAGCUCUACUUCAGAUGCAAAGAUACACUGCGAGAAGGAGUCUGUUCAAAGUGUGUUACGCAGUGGUUGUAGAGGUGUGCAUUCUUACAGUUCUCUGGCAGAGAUCAUCUGAAUCCCAUUUGUUAUUUUAAGAGAUAAGCAUACAUAUAAACUGUAUGUUUUGUAUGUACUUGUAUCUUGAAUCUGUAAUGCAUAUGGCAAAUGACAGUAGAGUGAUCUGAGUGUUGUCACUAAUCUGUUUCUGGAAUUCAAUUUCUGCUUUCUAAGGUUUUGUAUGUUUUUAAUAAUUGCACUCCUGGUUAAGUAAUAUGUCCUCUUGUGCCUUGAAAGAAUGUCUUCCUGUCUAUGAGUAAAACUUAUUGCAAUUACUUAUCAUUGUUUUUGUAAUUCUGCUUUUAGCACUUGCUCCAUAAACAUAUGUCUUAGAUACUUCUAAAAAUUUACUAUAGUUUAUUAUCUAGAGAAGAAAUUACUUUGUACCAACAAAUAAUCACGUUGCUGUGAAUUUCAGUGCACAGCUGCUGCUGAUUUCUAGUGAUUGCAGUUUGUUCCAUAAGUUCAUAAAGUCUAAAAUAAUACUUUUAAAUCUAGUCUCAUGCUGUAAAUGGGCUUCAGGCAAUUUCUGGUACAAACUAGCUGUUGUUAAUAAUGUUAAAUACAUUUUAGUGUUAUUUCAAAUUGGAGAUGAAUUACAACUGCUGCCAGUGAGUGGUAAGAGUGACGGUCACCAAUGGCAAAAUUUUAGAUGAGAACCAUGAUGUUCAGAACUUAGUUUAAAAAAAAAAAAAGUUAACAUUACUCAUGCAAACACUACUCUUCCUUAUCAGUAAUAUAAAGUUUUGCUAUACGUUAUCCAUGGUUAGGCAGAUCUGUGGCUGGUAUAAGUCAGGAUGGCACUGCUGAUGUCAGUGGAGCUGUCUAUCUCCUACUGAUGUUCUCACUUUCAGUCUUGUAUCUUCACUUAUUAGCUAUACACUUAAGGUGAUGUUAAUAUCCUUCCUUUCCUCCCCUUUUAUUGUUAUUAUUUUUUCAUCAUAUAUGCAUCCUAUAAUUCAGGAUGACCUAGGAAAAAUAAUGAAAUAUGCUCUUUGAAAAUUGCUUUUGGGGUGGGAUAGAAAAACCACUAGAAAUAAUUUCUUUCCUCAUAAAAUUUGAAAAAACUUGAAAGAAAUGGACCAAAUUUAUUUGAGCUGAAAUUGACUUCCAUGCUUACUAGCUUUAGAGUUAAAGUAAUAACUUAUUGAAAGUAAAACAAUGUUUUCUACUCUAAUUUACAUUAAAGAUAUAUUUUUAUUUUUUCUUUUACAUUUCAACAAAUGUAAUAGUUUAUUCCAAAUGAAUUAACUAAACUGAAUGGACUGUUUCUAUUAAACAAAGAGUAGAAAGGUAAUUGAGAUGCUUUAAAAUGUUAACUGUAAAAUGUUUUCAGUGCAUCUUUUAAUCAUGUGACUGGAGACUUAGUACAUCACAUUAAAGUUUACAAAUAUGGAUCACCAAAUAAUAUUUGUAUAAAACGUACAAAUGAAAUAUUGUAAAAUGCAUAAUCUACUGGUUGUUAUUGUCUUGAAUUGCAUUAAAAAUUGUGAAAAUUGGUUUUAUUCAACUAGAUCACAUCUAAACUACCUAGUUGUGCAAGCAAUGACUGUUUUAUUUUAUUCAACUAGAUCACAUCUAAACUACCUAGUUGUGCAAGCAAUGACAUUGUUUUACUGUUCUGUACAACAGCGAGAAAUACAUUUUUGCAAAAUAAAAGGAACUUCC